AUGCACUUCAAUUUACAAACUCUACUCUUGAUCGCGUGCAUCGCUCUUACCGGUGCCGGCGCAGCUUAUAUUCGAGAUACCGACGAUAAAAUUGACGCUCUGAAUACCGAAGCAGAAAUUAGUACAGAUCCGCGAAACCUGACAGAACUGUCUAAUGAGGCCAAGUGGCAAGCAAUAGCAGUCAAUCCAAACCACAAACGGUGGGGGAUUGCUUGGGAUUACAGUCGCGAAGACGACGCUAAAGCUCGUGCACUGACGGAGUGUGGGGAGGCAGAAUGUGUCAUCCGCGGAACGAAUAAGAACGGCUGUUUAGUGUACGCAUACAGUCCGGGCACUUCUCGAUGGGGUUCGGCAGGUCAAUCAUCAUAUUCCGCUGCCCUGUCCUCCGCCAUCGCGAGUUGCGGACGCGGCGAUUGUACCGAACUAGUGCGAAGUUGCAAGCAAAGAAACUGGGCCGUCGGCGGGAACAGAAGAACUGUUGGGAAUUGCACAGAGGGGGACUUCCAUACCGGCGAAGCUGCAGCUGUCCAGGGCAGGCAGGAACCGACUACGGGUGACGCGAUAGACACCGAGGGAGAAAGCGACUCAGACUUCAAUGGCGCUGAGCCAGAUAAGUGGCAAGCCUUGGCUAUGAAUCCCAACCACAAGAGAUGGGGAAAAGCGUGGAACUACCAGACCGAGGAUGGGGCCAAGGCAGUCGCUCUACAGGAGUGUGGGCAAGCCGGGUGUGUGAUUCGCGGCACGAUCAAAGACGGGUGCCUAGUUUACACCUAUAGCCCAGGCACAACCCGCUGGGGUUGGGCAGGUCGGUCUACGUAUUCGCUAGCCCUGACAUCAGCAUUGGCGACUUGCGGGCGUGGAGACUGUGUGGAGCUGGUACACACAUGCAAGGCAUAG